UAGAAAAAUAUCAAAAAUAUCUCUUCUUAUCCUUAACAGCUCUUCUCUCUGCAUCUAGUAAUACCCACCACCCUUCACUCAUCUCUCUCUCUCUCUCGCAGCUUUAUUUCAAGUGGCAAUGGAGAUAAUGUCUCACAGAUCAGCAUCAACAUUAAAUCCUAACGCUCCGCUAUUUGUACCGCUGUCAUAUCGAACGGUGGAGGAUUUUUCCGACCAAUGGUGGGCCCUUGUCCAGUCCUCCCCUUGGUUCCGAGACUACUGGCUCGCAGAACGUUUCUAUGAUCCCGAAUCUGACCCUUCAUUCUCUGAUAUUUAUGAUUCUUUCCUCCCUGACGAUCUCUACUCUCUCUUCUUCGACGACCCAAUUUACGACACUAUCAAAGGAGAGGAGGAGGAGGUGAAGGGAUGUAACAAGGAAUUGGUUUCGCUUGGAGUGGUGAAGUGGAAAAGGGGUCGAGUUGAUCGUGCUCAGGCACCGAGGUAUUCGGAGAAGGCACCCAAGAUAGUGAGUGUGAAGCUGAGUCCAAGGACGAUUCAGCAACCGAAGUAGAGUUGUGUGACUCGGCAAGUUUGAGGAUAACCCAGUUGGUUGUUUUGUACAGAAUCGCUCUUAGACUUUGAAUUCUGUUCUAGCUGUUUCUUUUAUCUGGGUUUUUCAUGUUAUUGUGCAGAAAAAAGAAGGCGCUUUGUAGAAUCUUAGCUUUAUUCGGGAAUAAUGAAGCAAAUGAAAUCAUAAGCAUCUGAUUAAAUCCAGUUAUUU